ACGAAAUUAAAAUGUCCUUCAAAAAAAACUAAAUUAAAACAGUGCAAUUAGUUUGGGUUGGAUUUUUUCUUCCGAAAAUAUUUCAUGACCCGAACCGACUCAUUUCAACCACCCGAAUUGCUUGCUUACAUUUUCCACACUCCUUUUCCGAUCUCCUCCGCUCCACCUGAGAAUUGAGCAUCUUUACGUCGCCGGAGCACCGAUGGCCUUCAUCUUAGCUCGUAAAUCGAUGCAAUCCCUUCGUUCUCGUCAGCUUGUUCUUGCAGGACAAGCAUUACAAGGCUCUAACCAUUAUGGAUCCAUGCAUGCCACACGAUCGUUUGCUACAAAGAAUCCAUUUUCUAUUGAUGACAUAGAGAGAGAGAAGCUUGCAAGAGAUCUGUCUAAAGAUUGGAAUUCUGUUUUUGAGAGGAGCAUCAAUACACUAUUUCUGACUGAAAUGGUCCGGGGUAUGAUGCUAACACUCAAGUACUUCUUUGAUAAGAAUGUCACUAUCAACUAUCCAUUUGAGAAGGGUCCUCUAAGCCCCCGUUUUCGUGGAGAACAUGCCCUCAGACGUUAUCCAACAGGAGAGGAACGUUGUAUUGCCUGCAAGCUCUGUGAAGCAAUUUGCCCAGCUCAGGCUAUCACCAUUGAGGCUGAGGAGCGAGAAGAUGGAAGUCGCCGAACCACCAGGUAUGAUAUUGACAUGACGAAAUGCAUCUACUGUGGAUUUUGCCAGGAGGCAUGCCCGGUUGAUGCCAUUGUUGAAGGGCCCAACUUCGAAUUUGCCACUGAGACUCAUGAGGAACUUCUUUACGACAAGGAGAAGCUCCUCGAGAAUGGUGAUCGCUGGGAAACUGAGAUUGCAGAGAACCUAAGAUCUGAAAGUCUCUACCGUUGAUCCUCUUGGCGCUUGCUUCAAACCAGGCAAACUCUGAUUCUCACUUGGCCAAAUGAGCAUUUGUGAUAUCAAAUAAAGGGAUUUGUUUGUUUGUCCUUCCUCUGUUCUGCUAUCUUCUUCUCUUAUUGCUCUUUGUGGCAAUAAUGCUCUUUGUCUUCGACAUAUUAUGAACUCAUUUGUACUCCUAGUUCAUUGUAUGCCUACACCUUUAAAAUUUAAAAGAGGGGUUUAUAACUAGGUGCUGAAUGUUUAUAUUUGGUACCUAACAACAAUAUUAGAACCUAAUCAGUUUUGAAGAAACUCAGAUUUGAUUC